AAUGGGAACCUAAUUUACUGUGUAAACUGUCACCAAAAACACAAUAAAAUAUCAUUUUUUAAAAUAGUAAAAAAAUUUAUAUGGCAAAAUCUAAAUUUUAUAAAAAUUUGCAGAAGAUUGACAGAAAUCUGUAAAAAUGGUUAUUUUUGCCUCUGUGUUUUUUUUUUUUUUAACCUAUGUAUCUUAAUCAGAAAAGAUGUUAAUUCAGCAGAUAAACCCAUUUUUGUAGUUUGUAUUUACAUUUCUGUGAAAUUAAAAAAUUAGAGCUCAAAUUAAGGGAUACUGUAUAGGUCAUCAUUUAGUUCAAUUUUUAAAACUAAAUAAAUUUUUUAAUUCAUUUACUUCUAAACAUGAAUCAGUGAGCCAAGCAGGGUGGCCAGAAAUCACAAAUGGAUCAGUAAAAAUUAAUGUAAUACUUUUUUCAUGUAUUGGACUGACUUUAUUUAUUUUUCAUGUAUUGGGUAAUCCUAAUUAUUAUCUGAUAUAACCAAGGAGAAUCAGUACUUUCAUUUAUUCGGCUGGAAAGAUUCUUAGGUUUAUGGAUAAUUGGUUUCAGUAAUUUCUUAGAUGUCUUCCAGUAGAGGGUCUAUGAUUCUUUUCAGGCCAGCAGAUGUUUUUGAAUGAUGCUAGCCCUCCUUUCCCUUAGUGGGGAGAGAGAGUGUGUGUGUAUGUAUGGGGGUACAAAAUUAAAACUGUCAUCUUUGUAGAUCAGAAUGUGUAUACCACAUGUUGAGUACAUACUAUGUAUGUUCCAGGUGCCAUGCUAAGGUAUUUACAUACAUGAUCUGAUUGAUCUGUAUUACAACCCUGUGAAAUAGACUUUUUGUGGUCUGUAUUUUGCAGGUGAAGAACUGAGAGGUAAGGCAAGUUAAAUAACUCCCCUAAGGUCACAUAGCUAGUAAUUAUAAAGCUUGAUUAUUGUGCUUGAGGAUUUUAGUUUAUGAUGGUUGAAAUGAAGGAGUAGAAUAGUAUUGAAUAAUGGAAAAACCACUAGAAGUAGAGUUGUCUUUGCCACUUGCUUGCUAGAUAACCUUGGGCAAGUUAAUUGAACUCCCUGAAUCUCUUGUUUCUUUAUCUGUGGAUUGGUCAUAUUUAUACCACCCUUACCUUCCUCAUAGGAAGUUCUGAGAAUAAAACAUGAGAAUGUAUGUGAAUAUGUGUUAUAAACUGCUAAAUGCUAGACUAAUUGGGGUUGUAAAUAAGGGAAGGGGAGGAUGAGGGAUAUAACUGUCUCCUAACUCUUAAAAGUCAUUGUUGCUUUGUUUGAAAUUGGAUAGAGAAUGGGAAUAAUUGCACUUAUUUGUACAUCAGUAUUACAGUUGUUACAUUCUUAAGGGUUGCUGAUCAAAGUUAAUUUUCAAUGUUUGAUCUUUAUAUGAUAAAUGUCCAGAAUAGUUAAUUGAAUGUUCUGGCUAGCUUAUUAUCUUAAGGUAUACAAAAGUUAUCAAUAUUCAAAUAAUGUUCACAAUAUAGGUAAACUUAUUUUUUUUUGAUAUUUCAGAAGUUAAGAACCUGAAAGGGAAAAGGAGUCUUAAAUUUACUGAAAACACAAAGAUAUUACAUAAAAUUAUUCAAUCCAAAUAUCAGUCACUUAAGGCAGUGUUAUUAUUCCUGUAUUACAAACAGUUAAGCCACUUGGCCAAUGUCACACAAUUAGGAAGUGGUAGCGCUAUGAUUUGAAGUCAAAUAUAUCAGAUUCCAAAGCUCAGGCUCUUCCCAUCAUUCAGGCUGUUUUCUGGAGGUUUAGCGUCACUAAAUGCGUGUCAGUUAUCAUUAAAUACAGCUUUACAGAUCAACAGAUGAGUAUAUAAACAUACAUUCAUAUAUACAGUGGACUGUUACUCACCCGUGAAGAGAAAUAAAGUCCUGAUACACGCUACAUACAACGUGGAUGAACAUUGAAAACAUUAUACUGAUUGAUGCUGAUGUAACAGUAAUAGGUUCUGGUCCUGGAGGAUAUGUUGCUGCUAUUAAAGCUGCCCAGUUAGGCUUCAAGACAGUCUGCGUUGAGAAAAAUGAAACACUUGGUGGCACUUGCUUGAAUGUUGGUUGUAUCCCUUCUAAGGCUUUAUUGAAUAAUUCUCAUUAUUACCAUUUGGCCCAUGGAAAAGAUUUUGCAUCUAGAGGAAUUGAAAUGUCUGAAGUUCGCUUAAAUUUAGAGAAGAUGAUGGAGCAGAAGAAUACUGCAGUAAAAGCUUUAACAGGUGGAAUUGCCCACUUAUUCAAACAGAAUAAGGUCAUUCACGUAAAUGGAUAUGGGAAGAUAACUGGCAAAAAUCAGGUCACUGCUUCUAAGGAUGACGGGAGCACCCAAGUUAUUGAUACAAAGAACAUUCUCAUAGCUACAGGUUCAGAAGUUACUCCCUUUCCUGGAAUCACGAUUGAUGAAGAUACAGUAGUGUCAUCUACAGGUGCUUUGUCUUUAAAAAAAGUUCCAGAGAAGAUGGUUGUCAUUGGUGCAGGAGUAAUAGGUGUAGAAUUGGGUUCGGUGUGGCAAAGACUUGGUGCAGAUGUGACAGCAGUUGAGUUUUUGGGUCAUAUUGGUGGAAUUGGAAUUGAUAUGGAGAUAUCUAAAAACUUUCAACGUAUCCUUCAAAAACAGGGAUUUAAAUUUAAAUUGAAUACAAAGGUUACUGGUGCUACCAAGAAGUCAGAUGGAAAAAUUGAUGUUUCUAUUGAAGCUGCUUCUGGUGGGAAAGCUGAACUUAUCACUUGUGAUGUACUCUUGGUUUGCAUCGGCCGACGACCCUUUACUCAGAAUUUGGGACUGGAAGAGCUUGGAAUUGAACUAGAUUCCAGAGGUAGAAUUCCAGUGAAUACCCGAUUCCAAACUAAACUGCCAAAUAUCUAUGCUAUUGGUGAUGUAGUUGCUGGUCCAAUGCUGGCUCACAAAGCAGAAGAUGAAGGCAUUAUCUGUGUUGAAGGAAUGGCUGGUGGUGCUGUGCACAUUGACUACAAUUGUGUGCCAUCGGUGAUUUACACACACCCUGAAGUUGCUUGGGUUGGCAAAUCAGAAGAGCAGUUGAAAGAAGAGGGUAUUGAGUACAAAGUUGGGAAAUUCCCAUUUGCUGCUAACAGCAGAGCUAAAACGAAUGCUGACACAGAUGGCAUGGUGAAGAUUCUUGGGCAGAAAUCAACGGACAGAGUGUUGGGAGCGCAUAUUCUAGGACCAGGUGCUGGAGAAAUGGUAAAUGAAGCUGCUCUUGCUUUGGAAUAUGGAGCAUCCUGUGAAGAUAUAGCAAGAGUCUGUCACGCGCAUCCGACCUUAUCAGAAGCUUUUAGAGAAGCAAACCUGGCUGCAUCAUUUGGCAAAUCAAUCAACUUUUAAAUUAGAGGAUAAUAUAUAUAUUUUUUCCUGAAAUCUCCUGGGAGCUUUUGUAGAAGUCACAUUUCAACAGGAAAUGCUCACAGCUCCAAGAAUUUCUAGGACUGUAUUGAACUCUUGGAAGGUAUUUAAUAGGUUUGGACAGAAUGGAAUAAUCCCACAUCUAUAUUUUAAAUAAACUUAGUAUUGCAGAAAAAAAAAUCUUAUAGUAGCUUCCUGGAAAAUUUCCAUCAACUCAUGUUUUUAUGCUGUUUAUGAAAGGUUCAACUUCACUGAAUUUAUUUUAAGUAGCUUUUAUCCCUGAUACAGUAAAGUUGAAUUUACUUACAUGAUGGAACUGGAGUAUGGUAUGUGAACAGUUGUGUUUGAAGCAAGGUGAUCAAGUUAUUUUAAACUCGCAUUUCAUAUUAGAAACGGGAGUCAAAUAUGUAUAAACUGACCUGAUGUAAGCAAAAAAAGUUCUCACCUGUUUUAUUUAACCCCCACAUUCUUGCAGUUUAGAGGCAGAAUUUAUGCGUUUAAGAGAUUUUUAAGGUUCUGUUGAGGUCUACAAGUCUGAGGGAUCAUUAUAUAGUUAUGUAUAUUAAUGGGUUUUAGCUACAGAAUUCAAACAGACACUCAGAUGUAUUAUAUUGGGGAAUGAGGAUAUGGAAAUAAAUAUGGUCUUUCAUUUACU